AAACUUCAGAAAAUUCCACCCCAAAUAUUAAAUAUACUGAUUAAUAAAGAUUCUUCAUCAUUGAAUUUUCCAGUCAAUUUCAUGCACCUCCCAUAAUUUCUUAUUCUUCAAAUUCUUUCUAGAACAACACCUAAAAUCUGCCCCACUUUCCUAAACUUCAACCCCUCCUUUCUUUCUCUCUCCUUUUUCUUGCGUCAUUUCAGUUUUUCUAGAUUAACAACUCCCUUUCUUUGUGUCUUUUAUUUUCUUAAAUGGGUCACUUCAAUAGUAGCGUAACCAAAAAGGCAAAAAGUAACCCGAUAGACAAUAGAUAGUGAGACGGUUUUACGGGGUCGAGAAUUUGCCAUAUUCUCGUGGGAAAGAAAUACUUUUUUUUUCAAUUGAAGUUUGAUUUUUUGAGUUAUGGGUUUUUGUCGUUGUCGCCACACAUUACGACCCUUUUGAUUUCCUUUCCUAAAUCGGUUCUUUCUCUCUCUACAAUGUCAUUGACCUCUGAAUUUUCUGAUACUUGGAAAAAAGUGCAUCAUAAGAGGGCAUUUCAGCUCUGCAAUUGGGUUAAUCUCUCUCAAUCUCUUCUUUCUCUCUCCUCUCAAGUAAGUUUUUUCUCUAUUAACCCAUUAUUAUAAGCUGAAUUUUGAGCUAUUUCAUAUACCCCAUUAAUUGUUGUAUCUUACUUUUGUACAAGUAAUUUAGUCUUUUGUACAAGUUUGAAGUGUGAUUAGUUUGAUAGCUUUGAUUAGGCUAUUCUUAUUCUGGUAAUAUUACAGUGAUUGAAGGUGUAAGGGUGUUAAAUUGCCCUAAAUUUGUUGUUUUGGGGGUGAAAACUAUUGUUUGUAUCAGAAUUUAGCAUCUGGGUAGUUCAUGAUUUCGACUAUAGUUGACUAUUUAAGGGUUUAGCAGCCUUUGAUCUUCAGAUCAUGAGCUUAAAUCGACCACUUUUGAUCUCAUCACCUUGGUGUCCGUAAAUUUUUGUGAGUGCCCAGCUUUCCCGAUCUGUUAACAACCAUUCUUGGAAUGGAUUUUAACAAGCCAGUUGAGAAUUCAUCAAAGAGUGACUCAGUUUUGUAUUCCUCAUCUAGGGGGAGUGGUUUGAGGGACUCUGGCCAAGCUGCUCAGAGUUAUGUAAAGAGUGAUUCAUAUUUGCAUUCUUCGUCUCGAAGGAGUGUUUCGUCGAAUCAUUCUGUUUCUCGUACUGCUGCCGACUCUAUUUUUGGGGCAGACUGGAAUUCUGCUGUUGAACAUUCAGCAAACAAUGAUACUCUCUUGAAGUCCUCAUCUCGGGGAAGUAUUUCGUCGUACCAAUGGAAGUCGCCUGCAAACUCUGUGAGGGAGGUGACUUUUGGUGAUUCAGAGCCAAAGCCUGUAAGACAUGGAUCAAGGACAGCUGAAUCGGAAGGACUGGGUCUGUCUCAGAGAGAGAUAAAUGAGGAAGAUGCAAGAUUUAUUUAUAUAAAUGAUCCAGCAAAGACAAAUGAGAGAUUUGAAUUUGCUGGAAAUUCAAUACGCACUUCAAAGUACUCAAUUAUCACCUUCUUGCCACGAAACCUCUUUGAGCAGUUCCAUCGUAUAGCGUAUAUAUACUUCCUUAUUAUAGCUAUCCUGAAUCAGUUACCCCAGCUUGCAGUUUUUGGGCGAGAAGCGUCAGUAUUGCCUUUAGCUUUUGUAUUGAUAGUCUCAGCUGUUAAGGAUGCAUUUGAGGAUUUUAGGAGGCACCGAUCGGACAGAGUCGAAAACAAUCGGCUCGUAUCAGUAUUGGUCAAUGAUAAGUUUGAGUUUAAAAAAUGGAAGGAUGUUCAAGUUGGUGAAGUGAUAAAGGUUUCUUCUAAUGAAACUCUUCCUUGUGAUAUAGUAGUGCUGUCAACCAGCGACCCAACUGGGGUUGCUUAUGUGCAGACCAUAAAUCUGGAUGGGGAGUCAAAUUUGAAAACGCGGUAUGCCAAACAGGAAACUCUUUCAAAGAACCCUGAAAAGGAGAAAGUUGGUGGGUUAAUCAAGUGUGACAAGCCCAAUAGAAAUGUAUAUGGAUUCCAGGGAACCAUGGAGGUUGAUGGGAAGAGGAUGUCUCUAGGGCCUUCUAAUAUUGUUCUACGUGGUUGUGAGCUGAAGAACACUGAUUGGGCUAUUGGGGUGGUGGUAUAUGCAGGCCGCGAAACAAAAGCUAUGCUAAAUAAUGCAGGAGCUCCGUCUAAGAGAAGCCGACUUGAGACACAAAUGAAUCAAGAGAUCAUUUUACUUUCCUUAUUUCUUAUUGCUCUAUGCACCGUAGUAUCCACCCUAUUCGGUAUUUGGCUGAGGCGUCACAUGGAUGAAGUGAAUGAAACACAGUUUUACAGGAAAAAGGACUACAAUAAUGGUCCACCAAGAGAUUAUAACUACUAUGGCAUAGGCAUGGAAAUAUUCUUCACCUUCCUCAUGGCAGUUAUUGUCUUUCAGAUUAUGAUUCCUAUUUCACUCUAUAUAUCCAUGGAGCUUGUACGGGUUGGUCAGGCUUACUUCAUGAACCAAGAUACGGCCAUGUACGAUAGUGCCUCAAAUACAGCUUUUCAAUGCAGAGCCCUAAAUAUAAAUGAGGACCUGGGGCAAAUUAAAUAUGUGUUCUCAGAUAAAACUGGGACAUUAACGGAAAACAAGAUGGAAUUUAAAUGUGCCAGCAUAUGGGGGACGGAUUACAGUAUUUUGCCAGUGGAUGAACUGGAUGAACAGAUUGCGUACUUCAUUGAAGUUGAUGGGCAGAUGCUGACACCAAAGGUAAAGGUGAAGGUUGAUCCUAAUCUUCAAAGGCUGCUAAAGAAUGGAAAGAGCACUGAUCUAGGAAGACAUGUCUAUGAUUUCUUCCUUGCGCUAGCAGCCUGCAAUACUAUUGUACCUAUUGUGACAAAUUCUGACUCCAACAUGAGGACAAUAGAUUACCAAGGCGAGUCUCCUGAUGAGCAGGCAUUGGUCUAUGCAGCUGCUGCAUACGGCUUUAUGCUUGUAGAAAGAACCUCUGGCCAUAUAGUUAUUGAUGUUCAAGGAGAAAGACAAAGGUUUGAUGUUUUGGGUCUUCAUGAAUUUGAUAGUGAUCGGAAGAGGAUGUCUGUUAUACUGGGUUGUCCCGACAGGACUGUGAAAGUUUUUGUAAAAGGUGCUGAUACAACUAUGUUUAGUGUGAUUGACAAAUCCUUGAAUAAGGAUGUGGUGCAAGCAACAGAGGCCCAUCUUCAUUCUUUCUCCACAGUGGGUUUAAGAACUCUUGUGAUUGGGAUGAGAGAGCUUGAUCAAUCAGAAUUUGACCGAUGGCAAUCUUCCUAUGAGGCUGCAAGCACGGCUAUAAUUGGAAGAGCAGCUCAACUUCGUAAGGUUGCUAGCAACAUUGAGAAGGAUCUGACGAUACUGGGUGCGUCUGCAAUUGAAGAUAGACUUCAGCCAGGUGUGCCGGAAGCAAUAGAAUCUUUAAGAAAGGCAGGGAUUAAAGUUUGGGUAUUGACUGGUGACAAGCAAGAAACAGCUAUAUCAAUUGGCUAUUCUUCAAAGCUGCUCACAGGCCGAAUGAAACAGAUAAUCAUUAAUAAAAAUUCUAAGGAAUCAUGUAGGAAGAGUUUGCGUGAGGCAUUGGAUGAUUCAAAUAAUACAUCAACAGCUUCUGGUGGUGUUGAAGGGAUUUCUGGGCCAACUCAGCUUGCCUUAAUCAUUGAUGGUAGCAGUCUUGUUUAUAUUCUGGACAGUGAACUUGAGGAGGAGCUAUUCUUGUUAGCCAGCAAAUGUGAUGUCGUGUUGUGUUGUCGGGUGGCUCCAUUGCAAAAGGCAGGAAUUGUUGCCCUCAUAAAGCAGAGAACGGAUGACAUGACCCUUGCCAUUGGGGAUGGGGCCAAUGAUGUGUCGAUGAUUCAAAUGGCUGAUGUUGGAGUUGGAAUAAGUGGACAAGAAGGUCGGCAAGCUGUCAUGGCUUCAGAUUUUUCAAUGGCACAAUUUCGGUUUCUGGUGACGUUGUUGUUGGUUCAUGGGCACUGGAAUUACCAGAGGAUGGCUUAUAUGAUAUUAUAUAACUUCUAUAGGAAUGCAAUUUUUGUCCUUGUCAUGUUCUGGUACACAAUCUUUACCGGGUUUACUUUGACUACCGCAAUUAAUGAAUGGAGCAGCGUCUUGUAUUCUGUUGUGUAUAGUUCUUUGCCUACUGUUGUAGUUGCAAUUCUUGACAAGGACUUGGGUAGAAGAACUCUUCUAAAAUUCCCUAGGCUCUAUGAACCUGGACAGCAGGAAGAGUGCUACAACUCGAGGCUCUUUUGGCUGACAAUGGCUGACACAUUGUGGCAAAGUGGAGCUGUCUUCUUUCUCCCACUCUUCGCAUAUUGGAAGACUGACAUUGAUGCUUCCAGCCUUGGCGACAUCUGGACAAUUGCAGUUGUAAUAAUAGUCAACUUGCACUUGGCAAUGGAUGUAGUAAGGUGGAACUGGGUCAUGCAUGCUGCCAUAUGGGGAUCUAUUGUUGCAACUUUCAUUUGCGUCAUCGUCAUUGAUGUCAUUCCUGUCUUGCCUGGUUUCUGGGCUAUCUUCCAUGCGAUGGGAAACUUGUCUACCUGGUUGUGCCUGCUUAUUGUCCCAGUUGUUGGCUUAAUUCCUCGUUUUGUCGUUAAAGUUUUUUCCCAACGCUUUUGUGCUAGCGAUAUCCAGAUCGCAAGAGAAGCAGAAAAAAAUGGUACAUUUUCAGAUUGGGAAUUUGGUGAGAUUGAAAUGAACCAAUUACCGGGAGAUCAUCCGAGAUGAUUCUUUAAGGUGAAGAUCCUCAUUGUUAGGCUUUUGAUUAUCUUUGUAAAAAGUUUAAUGUAUAAGUAGUUUCUUCUUUCUUUCAUUUUUUGGUUUAGGAAAUAUCAUUAUUCAUUGCUAUCCGAAGGAUAGAGGUUAGUAUGUUGCUGGGUUAGGAACGCAACAUAGAGGUUUUGUAUUGUAUGUUUGCUCCUUGUAUCUAUUUAUUCAUUUUUUUUUAUACAACUGUAAAAGUAACAUUCUUUGCCAUACAAAUAGAAGGGAAAAGUUUAACCUGA